AACCUUUGAUUUAAUACGUCCAAAGUCCGGGGCAUUCAUUUAUUUCAGGGGUCCAGAAGAAUCAUUGGGUUUGAGUGAAAUAUUGGGAAAAUUCGCAUCGAACUGAAACUCCGAUUGGUUCAAAAUUGACCCUGACCAAGUUCGUUUCGACGAAAUCAUUCGUUCUGGGUAUACCAGGAUUGAGCUUGCUAUAUAUAGCUCCUCAAUAAUCAUCCAGGCUCAGUAGUGUUUUCCGUUUGUGGCUUUGAGCAGCUUUUUGAAUUGAAUCUAAAAAUGGACGUUUUAUCAAGUCAUAUUGCGUGGUUUUGCCUCUUGAUCCAUGUGGGAUUGUGGUCAAUAAACCCCUUAUCUGCAGCUCGAGAAAUCAGGGCCAGAAAGACCUGCAAAACAUUCCUGGGCGAGUCAGGGGAAUGUACGGACAUCCAUCUAUGCCGAGCGGUCCUUAAUGAACUGAACCAUGGAAUCCUUCCCACAAUAUGCCAUUUUGACCAAAGUUUGAAAUCCUUGUCAAUAUGUUGCAAAACCUCAAAUCAAAACCAAUGCGGAGUGGCUUUCCCAAAAUACGAGGGCUAUGACAAUGCAUACAGUUCGCAAUUGAAACGUGAAAAUGCCAUGAAGCAACAUAAAUCUAAACAUCCAAUCCCAUUAUUAACCUCCAAAGAAAUCGGUGCUCUUUAUGACAUGGCCAAUUACCUGAAGGUGAUCAAAACCAAUGUACCCUCUGCGGUUGCCAAAAGAGGCCCGAGUGACGAAGAUGCGGAAAUCAGCCGUGGACUUGAUGCUGUGCGAUUCGAAUUUCCUUGGAUGGCCGCAUUGGGAAAAUUUAAGACCGGAGGGAGUCCAUUUUGGUUUUGUGGAGGAACAUUGAUCAAUUCAAGAUGGGUUUUAACUGCGGCUCAUUGUUUCAUUGUGAACGUUGAAAUUGUUCGUUUGGGUCAAUUGGACUUAGAAGAUACUCAAUCACCAGAUAUCCAAGAUUUCAAGGUGGAAAGGGCCAUUUUGCACCCCAGUUACAAUUCAUCAUUACUUAAUCAUGAUCUGGCCUUGAUCAAGCUGGACCAGGCAGUCAAGUUUACCAGAGCAAUCCAACCUUUAUGUUUGUCCAUGGAAGAGGGUGUGGACAAAGCUUCUGCUCUCAUUUCGACAGGAUGGGGCCACACUUCGCACGGGGGGCGUCCUAGUAACAUUUUACAAAAGACCCACCGACUUACCCGCAUUUUGCCAAAAGAGUGCCAAGCAAUUUUUGAGGAAGUGGCUGGCCGUGGAAUACCGCUCAAUGGCUAUGAAGACCUAAUCUGUGCCAAAGAUCGUCAAACAUUCAGUGACCCAUGUCAAGGAGACUCUGGAGGGCCACUCAUGUCUUAUCAUAGCCAAUCCCACUCUUUCAGUCUAGUAGGAUUGGUGGCAGCUGGCAUUGGUUGCGGCAGUCGACACUUUCCAGGGCUUUAUACAAAAGUUUAUUAUUAUCAUGAUUGGAUUGAGGGACAAAUAAAAGGGUUUUAGAAUG